CAACUGCCCGCGCUUUCAAGGGCCUUAGCCGACUUGACCAAAGUACCAGCCUCUACACAACUUAACGCGGUAUACUUAAUAGCACUACUGUGGCGUCUAGCUUGCUCUGUCUGCCUCCGUCGUCGACAACAUUCAAGCGAACCGGCAUACCAUCUCCAAGACCGAGAGCCUGACUGCUGCGAUAGUUGCGAUGCGCUCGGUGUGACAUCACCUCUAGAUACAAAGGAUUUACGGAGCAGCGCUUGGCGCAGAGAAAGCUGGUUCCGCGCUCUUCGCUGCGGUGAGCCAACGCCAGACUCGCCUGGAGGGACCCCUUGUAUAUGUAGUACCUAUCUUGCUAUACGUGCGCUUAGAUGCAACCUAGAGCAAUCAACCUGCUACGGGGGACAUAGGCUUUGCAAUGGUUUCCAUCUGCUGCUGGCCAAACAAUUGAAACACGGCGUGGCUUCUUAGCUUUGUAACAUAAGAAGUCAUGUCUGGAUUGGGCUAGGGCCAAGACGCUCGCGCCCGCUUUCCCGCACAGCACGCCGGUUCAACUUCGUCUGAACUGGGUUGACUGCCCCCUCACCUUUCAGGUACUACUCAUGGCCCAGAUGGCGACGAAGCCGAACUGGUGCGUCAUAUGCGGCGAUUAUGUGCGAGACGUCAGCUUCACGAUGGUGGUGUUGGCUCCGUCCCGCCGGCCGCAAUACUGCGACGGCGGCGACGACUGCUGCCGCUACACCGUCUGGACCGCAACUCGCGAGGGACCGCUCCCGCUGCACCUGGAUGGCCGCCCGCUGUCCUUUGCGCCCACGGGCUACACGACUGACCGCAACAUUUGCGCCGAGCAUGCUCGCGCCAACCGCGCGAGGCACGCCCAGCUGCUGGCCGAGCACCAGCAACGCAGCCCGCCGCCGCCACCCCCACCGCCACCACCGCCACCGCCACCGCUGCCACCGCCACCGCUGCGCCACUUCACCGAGGCAUUCGGCGGAACGGACCAGCCGCCCACCGGCCCCGAGGUCCUCUUCUACUGCAUGCUGGAUGCCAUGUUCAAGGACCGCUGCUACUGCCACAUCCGCCUGCCCGGCGUCCGCCGGCUUGCCGACUGCAACGCCCGAAUGGCGCCGCUGUACUCGCGCCUGACCCACAUGGCCUGCACGCCGCGGCAGCUGCAGGCCUUCAUGGCGGCGUUCCGAAUCGGCGGCAACGGCGGCCGGCAGCAGAAGGCGGCCGCCGCCGCCUACGACAGCGGCCGGAAGCGCUGUCACAAGUACGCGACCCAGAUCGCGGCGUUCGCGGCCUCGCCCGCCGGCCGCCUCGUGGCGGAGCUACUGGAGCAGGAGGACCCCCUGGCCACGUACCAGGCGACCCACAUCGAGGCCUUUCCGCCCCACCGCGUCCUGGCCGUGGCGGCCGCCGCGGCCGCCGAGGCCGGCACCUACGAGUGCGUGGCGAAGGAGCGGCGCCUGCGCUCCAUCCACCACAGCUUCCACCACUCGCUCCGCACGGGUGGCGGCGCCGACAGCGAGUGGGACGGCGCCGUGCUACAGGCGUGGUGCUGCUACGAGCGGCUGCGUGACGGCGAGGGAGAGCAGGUGCUGGUCUUCCGCAACCACACCGCAAGCGACAGCGCGCACGCCCGCAACGCGCUGAACCUGCAGCUGCGGUCCGACCUCAGCUUUCGCGUCUACAGCUGCGGCCAGCUGGUCACCAUGCCGCCGGACAGCCCCAACCACGCGCGCCUGACCAGCCGGCAGGCGAUCACGGAGGUGCUCCAGUUCCUGCUCACCUGCUGCCCCUGCUCCGGCGGCCCCACGGCCGUCGAAUUCCAGCCCUUUCUGGAGGCGCACCAGCUGAGCCAGCAGCAGCAGCAGCGGCAGGCUGGUGCGCAGCCGGGUACGAGCGCCGCCAGCGACAGCGCCAGCACCAGCAGUGAGGCCGCCACGCUGCUGCAGUGGUACCAGGAGAAGCCCCAGUACGUGCACCUGCCGGCUGAAGCCGGCGCCAGCGGCGCCGCAGCGGCUGCCGGCGACGUGGUGUCUGUCCACCCCAGCCGCGGCUGCCACGGACUGAUUAGCGCCCUCGCCUUCAGCCCGCGCUGCCCCUGCUGCACGGCCUCCCACCCCGCACUACGAUCCGCCAUCGCCCAGCUUGCACGGCGGCAGGCGGCCGCGGCGGCGGCGGCCGCGGCGGCUGCUGGGGAGGACCGGCGUGAGGCGGCGGAGGCGGAGGCGCAGGUUGCCGGGAAGCUGGCAGAGGUGCUGGAGAGGCGACAGCUCACGGAGGCGCGCCUGUCCGAGUUGGCGGCGGAGACGCGCGCCCUGGCGGCUGAGAACGCGGCCCUGCGGGCGCAGCGCGACCAGCGCGCUCAGGACGCGGAGGCGCUGAUGCGGGACAAUGCGGCGCGCGCCGCCGUCCUGCUGCCGCGGUUGCGGCAGCAGUUGGAGUGGGCGGCGGAGGAGGCGGCGGAGGACGCGGAGGAGGAGGAGGACGAGGAGGAGGAGGAGGACGCGCAGGACGAGGCGGCGGCGGAGGAGGAGGAGGAGGAGGAGGAGCUGCAGCGGCUGUGGGAUGAGCUGCUGCAGGAGAUGGGGGACGAGGAGGAAGAGGAUGACGAGGAGGAGGAGGAGGAGGACGAGGAGGAGGAGGAGGAGGAGGACGAGGAGGAGGAGGAGCACAUCCUCGUGCCGCGGCAAUCGCUGCGGAAGCAGCCCGCCGCUGUACCUUCAGCUGCUGGCGGCGUGGCACCGUCAGCAGGUGCGGCGGCUGUGGCGCCGGCACCGCCAAGGAUGCGCGAACGGCAGCAGCAGCUGCAGCCACUGCGCCAGCCGUCACAGCGCACCCGCGUGUUGCCCAAGCGGCUGCAGUCGUCCCCCUCCCCAGUGAAGGCGGCGGGUGUGAAACGCAGCCGCGAUGCUGGGAAGCGCACCCGCUUCCAGCUAGGCACAGCUGGAUGGGCCGCAAGCAUGAGCGGAUGAGCACUCUCGUACGUAGCACAUGUAUUACUGCGUACGGUACGGUAUGGUGAUUGUUGGGCAGUUGUGUGGAAGGGCGGUAUCAGGCGCGGUGUGCUGGACGGACUCUGUUGUGGCCUUGCUUGUGUGCUACACGGCUGCUUUCGUGGGCCGUGACACCCUGCAGGGCUGUACGGUAUCGUCUUCCACAUGCAUGCACUCUCACUGGUCGCAAAGCAAGCAGUGAGCAAGGGCCGACAGGGGUCACGCACAUUCAUGGGAUUCGAACACAUGGAAGGACUUGAUUCCCCAUACAAUUCACAUUAAGAAUAAUGGACAGUCGCUAUCUAUCUGCAAGCGGGCGGCCCGGGUACAUACACAGCGUGCACAAUGGGUGCAUGCAGAGUGCGUGAUCCGAGAGUGUGCGGGUACACAAUGCGGGCGCAUGAUCACUUUACCGGCCAUAGUGCAUAGCUUUUUCACGUCUAUGGAGCAUCGGUCGCCGUUCCUUGUAGAUUUGGAUGCGGACCCUCGAGGGACCCGUGAAUGCCUCAUGCUUCCGAUGAAGUUUCCGGAGCGACUGCAGUACGGUAUGGUCAUGAGAGGGCCCCGAAGUUUGUAUUAGUUUUGCGCGGGGUACCAUCACGGCGGGUACCAUCCAUGUCGCACUAUGCGUUCUCGGCAAAUAGCACAAUGAUAUCUGCGUCGCGAGUAUUGCAGCUUCCAUCAGAGGUAGCCCGCAGAGGAGGUAGCCUGACAUUCUUUCUUGCGACGCGUGCGGGUAUGUACGGUACGGUAUGUGAUCCGCUGGGGUGCAAUUCUGUGUGUGCAAGUCACUGCUCUGCAGGUAGUGCGUUUGCGGGGGGAGACAAGACUGCGGCAAGGGGGGAGGGGGGAGCCUGGAACUGGAGCCUGCGUCGCGUUGGGGGGCACGGGGCCCAUGGCGGGCGUGUCGCGGCUGCUUUCGUGGGCCGUGACGCCCUGCAGGGCUGUACAGUAUCGUCUUCCACAUGCACGCACUCUCACUGGGAGCACAGCAAGGGCCGACAGGCGGGGUCACGCACAUUAUUCAUGAGCUUCAACCACAUGGAAGGACUUGAUUCCUCAUUUCACAUUAAGGAUAAUGGACGGUCGCUAUCUAUCUGCAAGCGGGCGGCCCGGGUACACAGCGUGCGUGCACAGAGCGUGACAAUGGCGGGUGCACGCAGGGUGCGUGAUCCGAGAGUGUGCGCGCGCGAGUACGGCGGCGGUACACAGCAGUAGUGCGGGCGCAUCCCCAGUCUACCGGCCAUAGGGCAUAGCUUUUCACGUCUAGCUUUGGAGCAUGGACAGUGCUAGUAUCUUCCAUCUACACUGUAGAAAUCUGCCCAGAAUCCGCCGAAGGCGGAGAAAAAUUUUUGGGUUUGGGUGCCACGCAUCUACGCAGUGUAGACGGUUUUGGCCGGUUUUGGCGCAACAAUGGGGGAAGCGUAGACGUUUUGGGGGGCUUGGGGGCUUAAGUGUAGAUGCCGCGGUCAGGGUCAUCUACGCAUGUGUAGAUGCCGGGUGGCUGAGGGCAUCUACAAGAUACGAGCACUGAGCAUGGAUGGCCUUGUUACCGGUAUGUAGAUACGGUAUGGACGCGGACCCAUGGAUGCCUCAUGCUUGAGAUAAAGUUUCCAUGACACGGUAGGUGUGAGCAACUGCAGUAGUACAGUAUGGUGAUGAGAGGGCCCCGGAGGUAUUUAGCUGAUAGAGGUUACAUGUGGGACGACAGCCGUGGACUAAGCCAGGGCCCCAACAAGGGGUGUCAGCUUUGUACAGCUGGAAAAUGGGCUGAGCCCCCGUACGCUUGGGAGCUGAUAAGCAUGUAACGCCCCGUCAGA